AUGUUCAAGUUCCAGACUUUUGAUAACACCACCACAGGAGCGUUCAACAGCCACAUCACCGCAAAAGAAGCACCACUCCUCGCUCGCGAUAACAUCUCCAAGGCUAAACAAUGGCUCCAAACAUGUCUUUCGGAGCACACAGCAUGUCGCAAAUUCCACACCAAUACCGUCUCCAACCCCCACCAACGACCCACGCGAGUCCUCGAAAUCACUCCCACCACCAUCCGCCUCCGUUGUAACAUGCAAAACGAGCGUUUCGACUAUCUCGUUUUGAGCUACAUGUGGGGAACAAAUUAUGAAGGACAACUCCGCCUCCUCCAAUCCAACCUGAACGUCUUCCAAAAAGAGAUCCCUCGAGCCACUUUGGAAGCAUCAGACGUAUACAAAGAAGCAAUCCGGGUGACCCUCGCCCUCGGCUACCGCUACCUCUGGAUAGACAGCCUAACUAUCAUCCAAGACUCAAUACCAGAUUGGGACUACGAAGCCCGCCGCAUGGCCAUCGUCUACGGCAACGCGACAGCGAAUCUCGCUUUCCUCUUCCCACCCCACUCUCCCUCCGCGCCAUCGCGUCGCGAUGACCCACGAGUUUGGAAUCCAUGCAUUCUCCGGACUUCAUCUUCGCAUACACCGGGUAUAUACAUCGAGCAUACGAAGUCCUCGCUCCGACGCGACUUCGCUCCAGAGGAAGCGACAAAAGACUGGCUCGUCCAACGCAACUGGCCGCUUUUCAACCGCGCAUGGACGUUUCAGGAGUAUCUACUCGCGCCGAGGACGCUGCUUCUUGGCCAUAAGAAUCUCAUGUGGCAGUGCUCGGAGGGGUUUUGGGAUGAAUUGCUUGGUCCGAUUGCGGAAGCUGCGGUGACAGAUCCCACGACGACGACGAUGCAGCAGUCAUCCAAGCAAGGAAGAGACAGAGGUAAAUCCCGAUAUUUCCCCAACAGCAUCACAGAGAUCAACACGCUUGGGAAAACACACAGUCUCUCCUCCCCAGCUGUCCUCUCUUUCGCACUCUCCUACCAAAACGUUAUCAAUGAGUACCGCAGUCGCAAACUAUCUUUCUCCAAAGACCGCAUUGUAGCCUUCGCAGGUACUGCAAGUGCGUUCUCCAAUCUAGGCCAACUAACCUACCUAGCCGGAUUGUGGAAGGAAAUCCUUCCCAUAACCAUGCUAUGGUACGUCGAUAGGAAAGCACCGCCUCUUGUCCGGCGCGAGAACGGGUUACCAAACGGCGAGAUCAAAGCCUCAGUGCGGACGGCGGAGAUCGAAGAAGGAGUUGUGCAAACCACAUCACCACUACCAAGUUGGUCAUGGUUCUCCGUGCCAAUAUGGAAGCACUACCAAAUACACCACCUUUUCAGCGAUGACGAACUAGCCGUCCGUUGUAAAAGCGAUUCCGACCCGAAACUUGUAUGCUGGACAGAUAUGUUCUGGGCAGAGACCAAAGGCUUCAAGUUCGCUGGGCACACGCAAGAUCGCAUAUCCGAAUCUAGCCCCUUCGACUUUUCAGGCUUGCAAAUCACACUUGCAACGUUGGUUUUCCCUAUAAAAGCGGAUUGGCCCGCUGAUCUAGCAGCACAGAUGAAACGGUUGCAAAGCCUUCCUGCACUUUCUUUCAACCGCGGGUUUAGCUGGGAACCGGUGCUGGAAUACUACCCCGAUGACCCGGCGGGGAGGGCGUCGCCGCCUCGCAAUGCGGUGUAUGCGUUGAUGUCAGAGUGUCAGGUUGUUAGGACUGCGGGGAAGAAUACGGUGCAGAGGCGGUUGGCGGGGUUGAUGUUGGUUCCUGGGAGUAAGGAGGGGACGUGGAAGAGAGUGGGAGUGUGGAAAUUGAGGGUUAAUGUUGUGGGUGUUGGUGUUGAGGGGGGUAAUAUUGGGGAUGUGGCGAGGAAGUGGGCGAAGGUUAGUGUGCUUUCGGGGAAGUGGAAGGGUGUGUUGAUUACGCUGGUGUAG